ACGAUCGGCUCGGUGGGUGUGUUUUUCUGUGAGAAAUGUCAUCUGCAUAAAGUGUCACUUGUUUUGCGUGUUUACUUAUUAAUCUAUUAACUAUCAGCUGCUUUUUUGAAUGAUGGAUGAAUCUUCAAAAGAAGGAAAAGGGCGGCACGAUCUUCUUUUACAGGAAAUUGAAGCCAUCGACGAUUAUUGGGGCCCAACCUUCCGUGCCAUUUUCGACACGGAUGAGUGUGAUGCUUUUGCUGACAAGUUGGAUAGCAGAAUAAGAAGCCAUGAUAGGGAUAUUGAGAAGCUCUGCAGUGCUCACCAUCAAGGUUUCAUAGAAUCCAUUAGAGAUCUCUUGGAGUUGAAGGGGUUAGCCAAUAGAAUCCAUGGUGAAGUUCAAACAAUUGACAGUGACAUCUGCCAUUCUGUUACCCAGCUAAAAUUAAAAGGACAGGAACUGGCUGAUGCCAGAAGAAUAGAAAGAAACAUGAAAACCACCAUAGAAAUGCUUCAAAGUUGUUUGCCUGUUUUAAGAGCUUACAUUAAACUGCAACAGCAAAUGAAGGAAAAGCGGUACUAUCCAGCUUUGAAAACGCUGGAACAACUUGAGCACAUACAUUUGCCCAACAUUUCACACUACAGGUUCAGUGAACACAUGAAGAAAAGUCUGGCGAAAGUACGUGAGUCCAUCAAAGAGGCCUCGAUGAGCGAUCUAAAAGACUUUUUAGAAAGCAUCCGCAAAUAUUCGCCCAAAAUUGGAGAAGUGGCUAUGAGACAUACGGCCGAACAACUCAAUAUCGAUAUCUCGGCCAAUUCAUCGGCAAUCAGACGACUAAUUUCACCUAACGUGUCGGGCGAGUUUGACUACGAUGCUCAGUCAGAAAGUGUGUAUAGCGUCGAAGAAGAUCUCAGCGCUCAAGAUUUGGUUGAUUUUUCACCUGUUUAUCGUUGCCUUCACAUCCAUACUGUACUGGACGCCAAAGAAACAUAUGAAAACUAUUACCGUAAACAGAGAAAGAAGCAAGCUAGAUUAGCGCUUCAACCUCCUACAAAUAUGCAUGAGACGAUUGAAGGGUACCGACAAUAUUUUCACGGCAUCGUCGGCUUCUUUGUUGUGGAAGACCACGUCAUGAACACUGCCAGCACCUUAGUCAACCGUUCCUACUUAGACGACGUCUGGAAUAUUGCCGCUUCCAAAAUAGCUUCAUCUGUUCGCACGCAUUCGUCCUAUUGUACGGAUCCAGCCCUCAUGUUGAAAAUUAAAAAUCUUGUUAUGCUCUUCAGCAGCACUCUCAGAACCUAUGGAUACAGUGUGUCUCAGCUGGUUGAGCUAUUACAAGAGAUCCGUGAUCAUUACAACGAAGUGUUGAUGCAACGUUGGGUCCAUGUUUUUCGUGAUAUUUUCGACGAAGAUAAUUAUCAUCCUAUUCAGGUGACAACACCCGCAGAAUAUCAGCGUGUCAUUGAAUCUUUUCCCUAUCGGGAUAGCAAUUUAGAAGCUGCCCCAUUUCCAAAACGUUUUCCGUUUAGCAAUUUGGUACCUAAAGUGUACCGACAAAUCCGGAAUUAUAUCCAGGCAUGUCUGCAAUUCUCUCAAGAUUUGAACUUGGCUGACCAAGAGAUCGAUGACACUCUGAGGCGAUACACUAAUUUAUUGCUGACGAGGACCCUCAGCGGUUGCCUGUCUACGCUGAUCCGCAAGCCGUCGCUCUCGCUUCUCCAACUCAUUCAGAUCUCUAUCAAUACCAAUUACCUAGAAGAGUCUAACGGCUGGUUGGAAGAGUUUAUUGCUCAGUUAACUGGUGCAUCUCGCGAGCUGUCGCACAUUGCCCGGCUGCAGGGCCGAGCCGUCUUCCGUGAUGUGCGAGAUGACGCAGAGCAGCAAAUUUACGAGGCUCUAAAGCGCAAGAUGGACGAAUUUAUGGAAUUGGCUAAUUACGACUGGCUUCUUAACGAGCCAUCAGGUCACGCCUCGUCUUUUCUGAUGGACUUGAUCGCCUUCCUCCAAAGUACCUUUCAAGCCUUCACAAAUCUCAAGGAACAUGUUGCCCAAAAUGCCUGUCUGACGGCCUGCCGUCAUAUUGCGGAAAUUUUGAUGGAUCUUCUGCUCAGCGACGACGUCAAGUCAAUUUCGAUGGGAGCUCUUCAGCAAGUCAACCUUGACGUUAUUCAAUGCGAACAAUUUGCCGCUUCGGAGCCUGUGCCGGGUUUUGAGGACGGGACGCUACUCUCAUCCUUUUUGGAUCUGCGCCAGCUGCUGGAUUUGUUGCUGUCUUGGGACUGGUCAGCUUAUUUUCACGACUAUGGCCAAGAGACCAGCAAGUACCUGCGCGUUUCCCCUCAACGAGCUAUAACCGUUUUGGAAAAAUUACGAGAAGCUGACAAGCGGACCGUCUUCUCUGUUUUGAAGAAAAGCGAACGAGACAAGAAGAAACUAAUGGAAACGGUGUUGCGUCAACUGAGGCAGCUGCUCCAAUCUUCCGCCUGAAAUGCGUCUCCUGCCAGUCUUCAUCCCCUACACCCAAAUCUUCCACGUACAUUCAGACACCAUUUGUUUUCUAUUGUUGUAAAUGUGUGAAUCCGGUGCCUUGUAAUCAAGUUGCUUCUUUCUAUUAGAUCGUUUCUUGUAAUGCCUGUGUCUACACCCCCCUCAAAAGAAAGUGAUUCAAUUUCAUUGUCGAUAGAUCCUCUCUACCUAAUAUUUGCUUAUUUCUCACCACAUCCAUUAAUUCUUCCCUCCAUCACAGGGUUGUCGCCUCGACAUUUGAUUUCGAAACCUGCUGGACAUUGAAUAAAGAUUGCAGCAAAUUUUCUGAAAGAAAAACAAAAUGGAUUGGGCUGAUUUUCGUUGUGAUAACAAAAGCAACAACUUCCUUUAAAUCUACUUAGUAUAUUCUGUUAUGAUUCGCCCUUUUGCGCCUUUUUUUGGUAGUCGUUUUCUUUUGUUUUCCACGUUUCACCGUUGUCAAUUUUGUUGCACAUGGUCAAAGUGUACAAAAAGCUGAUAAAUAAAAAUAAUAUAAUCAUUGAAAAAUAUUCUCGAAA